UUUAAUUUGGGAACUAGUUAGCUUGCUAGCUGAUGUUCAGUUUGUUUACGUCUCCGUCCAGCAGCUGAAAAUAGGUAAUAACGUUAACAAAUCGACUAACCCUGUUUCCACUGUGGUGUGUCCUGCGGUUACCAUGGCUGCACCCUCAGUGGAGUACACUAUUGGCGGGGUGAAGAUCGGCUUCCCCUGCAAGGCGUACCCCUCCCAGCUGGCCAUGAUGAACUCUAUCGUGCGGGGCCUGAACCACGGGCAGCACUGUCUCCUGGAGAGCCCCACGGGCAGUGGCAAGAGCCUGGCCCUCCUCUGCUCAGCCCUGGCCUGGCAGCAAGCCCAGCACGCUAAAGCUCAGGAGGACGCCAGCCCCAAGGAGGCGGGCAAGAAGCCGGACAUGACCACGCCCUGCCAGUGCACCUGCCACGCCACUCCUCCCAGAAUUCCCAGCGUUCCCGAGCCGCGGCCGCCCGUCGUGGAUCUCACAACCCCGGACAAAAAGGAGGGGGGCGCUGCCGCAGACGCCCCUCCCGAGGAGUACACGCCCCGGAGAAGCUCCCUGGCGUCCCGCCUGGCCCAGAAGGUCCAGGCCUCGCUCGCCGCCGAGGAUGACGACGACUUCCUGCCCGACAGGAAGCGCGUGCGCACCCCUGCCGCCGAUCAGAAGGGCAGGAAGCUGAGGUGCUUGGAGAGGGGCGUGGUGUACCUGGACGACGAGUCUGGGGGCGAGAGCCCGCUCCCCCGGCCCCGAACCUGGGGCGUGGAGCUCAGCGGCCAGGCCCAGACAGGGGCCGCCCCGCCCCCGUCACCCUGCUCUGUGAGUGCUGUUUCACCCGCAGCCUUUAAAACGAGCAAGUCCCCUGCGGCCUGCUCGCUGUGCCCCUGCGCCGCCUGCCCGGCGGGGCGGAAGGCGCCGGAAAAGGGCAAGGACCAGGAGACGGAGGGCGGGGCCACGAAGAAGAAGAAGAGCGUCCCCAAAAUCUUCUUCGGGACGCGAACCCACAAGCAGAUCACGCAGGUGGCCCGGGAGCUGAAGCGCACGCUGUACUCCGGCGCGCCCAUGACCAUCCUGUCCAGCCGCGACCACACCUGCGUCAACCCCGAAGUGACCGCGCGCCCCAACCGCAACGAGCACUGCAAGGAGCUGCUGGACGGCAAGAACGGCCAGACGUGCAGGUUCUACCACAGCGUGCAUAAGAUGCAGGACCAGAACACGCUGCAGUGGGUGCACGGGCUGCACCAGGCCUGGGACAUCGAGGAGCUGGUGCGCCUGGGGGGGCGCCUGCGCGCCUGCGCCUACUACGCCGCCCGCGAACUCAUGCAGGACGCCAGCAUCGUCUUCUGCCCCUACAACUACCUGCUGGACCCGCUCAUCAGAGAGAGCAUGGAGAUCAACCUGAAGGGGCAGGUGGUGGUGCUGGACGAGGCCCACAACAUCGAGGACUGCGCCCGCGAGAGCGCCAGCUACACCGUGGAGGAGGGCCAGCUGCUGGCCGCCCGCGACGACAUCGACGCCAUGGUUACCUACAACGUCCGCCCCGCCCACCACCAGCCGCUGCGCGCCUUCUGCUGCAGCCUGCUCAACUGGGUGCAGGACAGCUGCAGUGCUCUGCAGGAGAGGGAGUAUGAGAGCUCCUGUAAGGUGUGGACUGGGACAGAGGUGCUGGGGAUCUUCCACGGCCUGGGAAUCACACCUGCCACCUUCCCCAUGCUGCAGAAGCACCUGGUGGCCGUGCUGGAGAAGGAGGAGCGGGUGGGUGUGGUUAACGGGCGGGAGGACACGGUGCAGGUCCCCACAAUCAGCUCCCCAACGCAGGCUGUGCUCAAGAGCCUCUUCAUGGUGCUGGAGUUUCUGUUCCGCAACAACUGCAAGUUUGCAGAGGACUACCGCGUGGCGCUGCAGCAGACCUACGCCUGGACCACGCAGCCGGACCUGCCGGACGCCCACGGCUUCUUCGCCCGCCCCCAGCGCCGUCGCCGCAGCAACCGCACCAAGACCCUGGUGCACACGCUCAGCUUCUGGUGCCUGAACCCUGCUGUGGCUUUCUCAGACCUGACUGACUCGGUCCACACCAUUGUCCUGACCUCCGGCACGCUGUCCCCCAUGGGGUCCUUCUCCUCCGAGCUGGGGGUCCACUUCUCCAUCCAGCUGGAGGCCAGCCACGUCAUCAACAGAUCCCAGGUGUGGGUGGGGACGGUGGGGGCGGGGCCUCAGGGCCGGAAGCUGUGCGCCACCUUCCAGCACGCGGAGACGUUCGCCUUCCAGGACGAGGUGGGCGCCCUGCUGCUGCGCGUGUGCCAGACCGUGGGCCACGGGGUCCUCUGCUUCCUGCCGUCCUACAAGAUGCUGGAUAAACUGCGCGAUCGCUGGACUAACACAGGCCUCUGGGAGAAGAUGGAGGAGCGGAAGACUGUGAUCACUGAGCCCAGGGGCGGGGCCAAGGGCGACUUCGACGAGCUGCUGCAGACCUACUACAGCGCCAUCCGGAGUCCAGGGGACAGGGAGGGGGCGCUGCUGAUCGCUGUGUGCAGAGGGAAGGUCAGUGAGGGGCUGGACUUCACGGAUGACAACGCCCGCGCCGUGGUGACCAUCGGAAUCCCCUUCCCCAACAUCAAAGACCUGCAGGUGGAGCUGAAGAUGAAGUAUAAUGACCAGCACUGUAAGGCCCGGGGACUCCUGCCCGGCGGCCGCUGGUACGAGAUCCAGGCCUACCGCGCCCUCAACCAGGCACUGGGCAGGUGUAUCCGACACAAGAACGACUGGGGUGCUCUUAUGCUGGUUGAUGACCGCUUCAGGUGUAACCCCAACAAAUACAUUACAGGUCUGUCCAAGUGGGUGCGUCAGCUGGUGCAGCACCACAACACCUUCAGCGACGCCAUCCAGUCGCUGGCGUCAUUCUCGCAGUGCCAGCAGGGGGCAGCGGCGAGCCAGGCGAAAGGGCCCGGCCCUGAGCCCUGCUCCGCUCCCCUGCCCCCUCCCUCGAGCUGUCCUGCCGUGUGCCCGCCUCCCCAGCUCGAGCAACGGGCCCCCCCUACGGCAGUAGCCCCCCCCACGGGGAGACAAACCUCAGGUGACCCGGCGGCUUCGGACGACGGUCACGCACGCGAGCGACGCCGAGCGCCACGCCCGGCCCGCAGGGGGGGGGCGAGCGAGGGCGGGGCUCGGGCCCGGGCCCCCCCCUCGUCGCCGCGGCCCGUCCACCCCUUCUUCACCUCCACGCCCGUCUGCACUCCCUUCAGGACGCCCCUGUUCAGGGCCGGGGCGGGGCCGGACUGCGGGCGGGGCGGGGCCCCCCGCCCGAGGGACAGCGGGACGGAUCGGGCGGGAGGGGCCAGGGGAGGCAGCCCGACAGCAGACAGGGAUAGGGGCGGGGACUGUGGGGGGCAGGAAGGGGCGGGGCCAGAUCCAUCGUGUGCAGACUUGGGUCUCUCUCCUGUGAGGGCUCCCCCUUGUGGCCAGCCCCAGACAGACACCAGCGCGGUGACCGUCCUCGACGAAGAGGAGGACGAGGAUCAGUCCGUGUGCUUCACGCCAGAGAUGUUUGAGGAUGAGGAGGAGGAGGAGGAGGAGGUGGCGGGUGAUAAAGAGGAGGAUAGACCACCUCCACCCAACCAGGUUCGCCCCGGGGCAGAACCAGACCCCCCAGGCCUGUCUCUGCCCCUCUCUGACGGGGCGGUCCGGGCGUUGUCCGAGGACCUCUUUGGGGGCGGGCCGGCCACUCCCCCGGCUGUUGCUGAUGCGGUUGCCGCGGUAUCUGUUGCCGCGGUAUCGGGGCAGGCCGGCGUGAGGGAUAGCUCGGGACAGGAAGCCCCCACGCAGCAGCCGGGCAGGGAGGCCAAUCGCAGGACACACAGGCUCUCCAGGUCUAGACAGAAAGGUGUUCCCCCGUCCGCAGGUAAACUCACCUCUUACUUCCCCUCUCUCUCCCCAGCCAGCCCCUCCCACGUCAUCCACAUAGAAGAUUAGACCACGGAAACACGCUUGCCCUCUUCUGGCCCUUAAUGCCCCAGCCCCGGGGCAGUUAUACUCGGGGUGUCGGAGGUAGUAGAGCGCAUCAAAAUGGCCGAAUUGCAUUGUUUUUUUUUUAUAUCAUGCUCUUAUUCAAACGAACCAAAUACUCCAUCUUGUUUUAAUACAAACAAAUGACCUCACGGUGAUUGUUUCUGAUUGGACCUUUUUCGAGAGGGGGGUUUCGCGCGGAGUCGUAAUUCUAAUUCGAAACGAAGCGCCUUUGGGCUGGGGUCUCAACCCUACGACCCUCCGCUGUGAACUGAGGGGGGUCCAGCCGGGAUUCGGGAUGUGGAUUGCUGAGAAGAGGAAACCGUGAGAAGCGUUUAAGCACCUCUCCUGUUGAGAGGAGGGUUCGAAGCAGCAGCUUCAUGCUGGACUCUCCUGAAAUAAUGUCCCCACACGUGUUCUUAAAUGUGUGUCUGUUCCAAUAAAAUAUUCUACGUUGUUUUAAUA